AUGUCAGCUCGAAUAGAGAAUAUGUACACCCUUCUAGUGGCUCAUUUCGUUUGUUGGGUGCUAUUUGGCAAAGCAGAUGUAUUCAAGAAAUUCAAAGACGAGGAGGAAGGGAAAUUUGAAGAAUCCCUGAUCACAGACGCUCAAGAGUUGUUAAGCUUGUAUGAAGCAACACAACUCAUGGUGCAUAGAGAAUGUCACAUACUAGAGGAAGCACUAGUAUUUACUACUACCAACCUCGAGUCCUUGUUACCCCACUUGAACAAUCUCUUUGCAGAACAAGUCAAUCAUGCCCUACAGCUGCCCAUCCGCAAGGCCUUGACAAGGCUAGAGUCGAGGACUUACAUGACAAUUUAUCAAGAAGAUGACCGGCAUAAUCAAAUACUACUCAACUUUGCUAAAUUAGAUUUUAAUCUAUUGCAGAAAGUGCAUCAGAGGGAGUUGAGUGGUAUUACAAGGUGGUGGAAAGAUUUAGACUUUGCCACAACAUUACCUUUUGCAAGAGAUGGAUUGGUGGAGUGCUACUUUUGGAUAUUGGGAGUGUACUAUGUGCCCCAAUACAUUCUUGCCAGGAAGAUAUUAACCAAAGUAAUUGCCAUGACUUCCAUUGUGGAUGACAUCUAUGAUGUAUAUGGGACCCUUGAAGAACUUGUACUCUUCACAGAUGCAAUCGAAAGGUCUCUAAUUCCUUAA